AUGUAUGUGAAAUGGUUUGAUACAGUAAUGUUAUACUAUGAGAUUUUAGUGUAUUGAGUGAAUGUCACAUUUUAAAAUUUCCCGCCGUUCCGUCCCCGUACGUCCCGAUGUCACAGGGAACGGAACCCAGAAGACAGAUGCCGGCAUCGGACAGAGGACAUUACAGGGGACACUGCAGGAGGGACAUCGCGGGAGCGCAGGACAAGGUAAGAGAAGAACAGAUCCCAGAGCAGCACCGCAUGGUAAGCCCGAGUGUAGCUCGGGGUUACCACUUGUGGUACUGAAACUUUACCCCGAGCUACACUCGAGAAUACCGUCAGGGAGGUUA